AUGGCUAUCUCUGCUGCAGUCGUCCCUGCUCCUGGUGUCUCUUUCUUCACUCCUGCCCAGAAUCCUCCUUCUGGCACUGCUGUCGUACCUCAGCCAGAUGGAAAGCCUAUUCCAAGUCUCUUCCAGCCUAUUACCAUCCGUGGAGUGUCUUUUCAGAACAGAAUUUUUCUCUCGCCUUUGUGCCAAUAUUCAUGUGAAGGUGGUAUGGCGACCCCUUGGCACACCGCCCAUCUUGGAGGUAUCUUCACGCGCGGCCCGGGUCUAACUGUCAUGGAAGCAGCGGCAGUCGUCCCGGAAGGGCGCAUCACCCCGAACGACCUCGGGAUCUGGUCCGACGACCACAUCGCGCCUCUCGCUGCGAUCGUCGAGCUUGCGCAUUCUCAGAACCAGAAGAUCGCUAUCCAGCUCAGUCAUGCUGGUCGUAAAGCUUCGACGACCGCUCCUUGGAUUGAGAACGAAAAUCUUGCAGGUGUGGAAGUGGGGGGAUGGCCUGAUGAUGUGGUUUCGGCUUCGCCCAUUGCGUUUGGUGACAGCUAUGCGACGCCGAAGGAGUUGAGCAAGGAAGACCUGAAAGCUCUUGUGGAGUCGUACAAGUUGGCUGCGCAGAGAGCCGUGAAGGCUGGGUUUGAUGUCCUUGAAGUUCACGGCGCGCAUGGGUAUCUGCUGUGCGGAUUCUUAUCCCCCACAAGUAACAAGCGCACGGACGAGUAUGGCGGGAGCUUCGAGAACCGGAUUAGAUUCUCAUUGGAGGUUGUUGACGCGGUUAGAAGCGUCAUUCCGGAAUCGAUGCCUCUGUUCUUCAGAAUCUCUGGAUCUGAAUGUUUGGAAAAGUCUCUGCCAGAUAUCCCUUCCUGGCGUUCCGAGGAUACCGUUCGUCUUGCCCCGAUCCUUGCUCAGCACGGGAUCGAUUUGCUCGACGUAUCUGCUGGUGGUAACAAUAUCAAGCAAACUUUCACCUCUGGACCGGCAUAUCAAGCUCAUCUCGCACACGACGUGAAGAAGAGCAAUCCUGGGUUACUUGUCAGCGCUGUUGGACGCAUCACUGACGGACAUAUCGGACAAGGUGUACUUGAUAGAGGUCAGGCAGAUGUCGUUUUUGUUGGGAGACACUUCACGAAGAAUCCGGGUUUGGUAUGGUCAUUUGCUGAUGAUUUGGGCGUGAUGAUUGAAGUUGCUAAUCAAUUCUGGGGUCUCGGGGGGAAGACGAGGAAGCGUGUCAUCCACCAGACUGUAUAA